AUGAUAAAUUCAUUUCCAUCCUUUUUUGUGAGACCUGUAUUUUAUAUUGGUUUAGUAGUAGUUGUAAAAAAUAUUUUUUAUUUCGCUUACUGGUUAUUAUGUUAUUUAAAAUCUAAAAUAUUUUUAAGGAAUUUGAAAAGUUAUGGAGACACAGUUAUAAUUACUGGUUGUACAGACGGAAUAGGAAAAAGUUUAACAUAUUCUUUGAUAAAGCAUGAUGUAAAUUUAUUGCUAAUUAGCAGAAAUGAAAAGGAAUUGAAAAAUAUAAAAGUUGACUUGUUAGAAAGGAAUAAAAAUUAUAAGGGAAGGAUCGAAUGUAUAACUUUUGAUUAUAAUGAAAAUAAUUUCUCUUCCUAUAAAACUAUACAAGAAAAGAUUCAAAAAUUUGAUGUCGGAAUUUUAAUUAAUAAUGUGGGCGUUUCUUACCCCCAUCCUCUGUAUUUCCAUGAAAUGGAAACGCAGUUAAUUGAACGGCUUGUAAACGUAAAUUUGCUCUCAUCCUACUACAUGACAAAAUUGGUGUUACCAAUAAUGAUAAAAAAGAAGAAAGGGUUAAUUUUGUACACAUCUAGCGGCGUAUCUGCUUUACAGUCCUCCCCUCUAUAUACCAUCUAUGCAUCAGUGAAGGAUGCGAUUUGCUCAUUUGCUAAUUCGUUAAGUGUUGAAUUAAAGGAAUAUAAUAUACAAAUCCAGUGUCACAUUCCAUUGUUCAUUGUAACGAAAUUAUCAAAGAUAAGAAAGGCAAGUUUAUUCGUACCGACACCAGAUAUGUAUGCGGAAAGCGCAAUUAAAAAAAUGAGAGAAGGGAAUAUUUUACCCUACAAUGUUAUAUGUUCACCUUAUGUAUUUCACAAAGUGCAAAUAUACUUAUAUAACUGUUUCCCAAAAUUUCUUUUUGAUGUUGUUUCAUUGGCAUCUCUUAAGGGAGUUAGACAAAAAGCACUGAAAAAAAUGAUGAAAAGUGAGUAA